AUGACUUAUCACGGCACCGCCUUUUGCGGAACAUGCAAGUCAGCUGAUAAUGUUGUAGGAACGCACAAUGUUUGUUUAGGCGAGGACUACGAUUUAGAUGAUAAAACUGGAUUAGGACGAUCGUUUGAUGGCAUUGGUGGUUUAAGCGGUGGUGGGGCAACAUCGCGUUUGCUCGUCAAUUAUGCUGAGCCAUACCGGAGUCAGAUUCUAGACUAUCUAUUCAGGAUUUGGAGCCUCAUUAAAAUCCUGAAGGUUGAAAUAGGAGGCGAUGCUCAGACUACAGAUGGAACUGAGCCCUCACACAUGCACUAUGAAGAUGAUGAGAAUUAUUUUAGAGGAUAUGAAUGGUGGCUUAUGAGGGAAGCCAAGAAGAGGAAUCCAAACAUCACCCUUAUAGGUCUACCAUGGGCUUUUCCAGGAUGGGUUGGAAAUGGUGAAAACUGGCCAUAUAGUUUCCCUGAGAUCACUGCUUCUUAUGUGGUUUCAUGGAUUCUUGGGGCCAAGCAGUACCAUGACUUGGAUAUUGAUUAUGUCGGGGCUUCAAUCAGUGAGCUGCAGGUGUGGCAUUCAAAGUUUGACUUCAAGACAAACAAGACAGUCCUCUUCCAAAAUCUCAGGCCUGUUAAAGUAAUUGAGGGAUCUUUCAGCAUAGAGCUUGAUGUUGAUGAGGUAUAUACAUUUACUACUGUACGAAACGGUCAUAGAGGGAAUUACCCAGAUCCUCCCACCUCUGCUCCCUUUCCUAAAUCAUACAAAGAUGAUUUUGAUGUCUCUGGAAAUCCAUAUUUCUCAGAGGCUCCAAAUUUUGCAGAUCAGACAGGGGUCUUUGAAUACUUUACUAACCUGACAGAUCCUGGACCCCAUAAUUCCACUCUGCGACAGGUGGUCACUCAGCGUCCGGUGACCUGGGUUGCAGAUGCUGAUCAGACAAUAAGUGUUAUUGGUGAUUAUAAAUGGCAUGACCUGAUGGUGUCAUGUGACAUAUACAUGGAGGCUGUGCACACCGGUGGAGUCUUCAUUGCUGUCAGAGUGGACAAAGGUGGAGGUGUCAUCCGGAGCACAAGGGGAAUCUUUUUCUGGGUGUAUGCUGAUGGAACCUACAAAGUCACAAAUGACCUCCGUGGAAUGACAGUUCUUGCUGAGGGCCUGUCUGGAACUAGAGCACGUGUAUGGUACACACUGACCCUUACAGUCAAGGGAAACUAUGCAUCAGCAGAUCUCAAUGGCUAUCCCCUGUGGAAGAAUGCAGUGCUCUGGGAGCCACGACAUGGAUGGGUGGCCAUAGGCACUAGUUCCUUUGAACUUGCACAGUUUGAUAAUUUUGCUAUAGAGGCCUUAGCCUGAUGUUUUUUUUUUUUUGGCCAUUGUUGUGACACUGUAAACAGGCAGACUGGAAACAAACAUUUUCAGGUGUGUGACUGAUGUGAUGAAAUGUAACAAGUUGUUAAUUUUUAAAGUUUCAAUUGCAUCUACGCCCAAUGU